AUGGCGAGACACGCGCUGAUUACUCAAGUCUACGGGUGUUUCCUCUCACUUUCGCACUACUGUAUUCUGAUGGAGCGUGUGCGUGGAGUCGAUCUCCAGAAACUCAUGAAGUCCAGUACCGCCCUUUCGGAAGCGGUGUCUGCGGUGGUACUGGCUCAGCUUUGUCUUGCUGUAGAAUAUUUGCACUAUGUUGGUUUCAUCCACCGGAACCUCUGCACUCCUCCGGAGGCCCAAAUUUGGUACUCAUCUCUAUUCAAGGUCGAGAAUGUCAUGAUAACCAGCAUGUGUCGAGUACGAGUAGUGGAUUUCGCGCACCUCAAAGCAUGCUCUGGGAUGUACAGCGUCAGAAUGCUCCAAACUUAUCGGAAGAGAACGAUCAAAGAAUUCAACGAUCGCGAUGUUGUCGGACCAUUGCCUUACCGAGCGCCAGAACUAUUGCGGAGACAGGCUUACGGAAGAGCCAUAGAUUGGUGGGCUGUUGGCGUCAUAGCUUAUGUGAUGAAGUUCGGGAAACUGCCCUUCCGAGGAGACACUGAAGCGGACGUGAUAACCGAAAUUCUCAACGGGAACAUCAAUGCGAAGCUUGGUGAUCAAGGCAAAUUCAGAGAGCAAGGGAGGGCCUCAACACCCAGGUCGUCGACGAAAGAAUCCGAAAAGCUCUACAACGAGCUCGUCCAACGCCUUCUCAGGGUCCGAGUCACUUCACGACUCUGCUCCGAAACGUAUGGGGACUAUAGGCAGCACGCUUUCUUCGAGUUGCUGAAUUGGGAGGCAUUGGAGCGCUCGGAAGAGAUAAUGCCGGUACCCCUAGUCACUGAGAUCUUGGAAAACAGCCCUCCGAUAGAAGUGAAAGAGAGUUCGACGUCGAUGAAGGCUUCCCCGAUCUGUAUUUCUUUCGAUAGUCUUCAGAAUUGCAGCAAGCAGUUUGCUCUCUUCACUUUCAACAGUCAUGGCUUCAUGAAAGCUCAAGAGGCCUAUCGCAGCGUCGGGACGGUCACAGCGGAAAUGCUUGAUGAGCCUGUUGAGCUCAUAGGUUCCUUCAGAGACAACGAGCCGUAUAAAUUCCAAGACUGGUAUAAGUCCACGAGGCUAUGA